GCCCCUCCACCCCACUUCGCCGAGGCCCGGAAGGGACCAGUCGCGCUUCCGUCUCCGCCGGGGAGGCACGGAGGGCGGAGCUGCAGCCAGAGGACGCGACGCGAGCCCAGUUCCGGCGAGGAGGCCGCGCCAGUGACAGCGAUGGCGGCGGAGUCGGCGCUCCAAGUUGUGGAGAAGCUGCAGGCGCGCCUGGCCGCGAACCCGGACCCGAAGAAGCUAUUGAAAUAUUUGAAGAAACUCUCCACCUUGCCUAUUACAGUAGACAUUCUUGCGGAGACCGGGGUUGGGAAAACGGUAAAUAGCUUGCGAAAACAUGAGCAUGUCGGAAGCUUUGCCAAGGACCUAGUGGCCCAGUGGAAGAAGCUGGUUCCUGUGGAACGAAAUACUGAGCCUGAUGAACAGGACUUUGAGAAGAGCAAUUCUCGAAAGCGCCCCAGGGAUGCCCUUAAGGAGGAGGAGGAGGUAGAGGGGGACUACCCAGAAAGCUGGAAAGCCUCUGGUAGCCAGUCGUUUAGUCCUGAUAACAGACAGAAAAAACACAGAAAACUCUCAGAGCUUGAGCGCCCUCACAAAGUAUCUCACAGUCAUGAGAGGAGAGACGAGAGAAAGAGGUACCACAGAGUUUCUCCAGUUUACUCUUCAGACCACGAAUCUUCCGAUUACGGCCAUGUUCAGUCCCCACUGUCAUCCGCCAGCCCUCAUCAGAUGUCUGUGGACCAUUACAGAUCCCUGGAGGAGGACCACGAGCCCUUUGUUUCACACCAGAAGCCUGGCAAAGGCCACAGUAAUGCCUUUCAGGACAGACUGGGGGUCAGUCAAGAACGACACCUGGGUGAAGCCCAAGGGAAAGAGGUCGUGAGUCAGAGCAAGGAGCACAGAUCUUCCCAUAAAGAAAAACGUCCGGUGAAUGCCAAAGGAGAUGAGAAGUCUUCUUUGAGCAGAGAAAAAUCACACAAGGCCAUCUCCAAAGAGGAAAACCGGCGGAGGCCACCCUCAGGGGACAGUACAAAGGAGAAACCGCCCUCUAGUGGUGUCAAGAAAGAGAAGGAAAAAGAGGGCAGCACCAAGAAGGUUUUACCCCCCUUGGAGGUGGCAUCAGACAACCACCUUAAAAAGCCAAAAUAUAGAGACCCAGAGAAAACCAAAUCAGACAAAAACAAGCAGAGUCUAGAAAGCUUAGACAUAGGCAAGAGGGCAGGAGACCUGUUGCCCAAGGCAAAAGAGAAGGUUUCUAACAACCUAAAGACUCAAGAAGGAAAAGUAAAACCUUCUCAUUCAGAUAGAAAGUCAGUGGGCUCCUUUCUUAAAGCUGAGGAGGCAGAUAUGGAUGAUGAAUUCGAGCAGCCCACCAUGUCUUUUGAGUCAUACCUCAGCUAUGACCAGCCCCGGAAGAAAAAGAAAAAGAUUGUGAAAACUUCAACCACGACUCCUGGAGAAAAAGGAUUUAAAAAACAUGAUUCAAAAAGCACUAGUAAAAACUUGGACUCAGUUCAGAAAUUACCUAAGGUGAAUGAAAACAAGUCAGAGAAGCUUCCGCCAGCUGGAUCCCAUUCAGCCAAGCUGAAAAAGGUCCCCAGCGAUGUGCUGCCAGUGUUACCAGACCUUCCAUUACCUGUGAUACAGGCCAAUUACCGCCCACUUCCUUCCCUUGAAUUGAUGUCUGCCUUCCAACCAAAGCGAAAAGCACUCUCCUCACCCCAGGAAGAGGAAGAAGCUGGAUUUACCGGACGAAGAAUGAAUUCCAAGAUGCAGGUCUAUUCUGGUUCCAAGUGUGCCUAUCUCCCCAAAAUGAUGACCUUGCACGAGCAGUGCAUCCGGGUGCUUAAAAACAACAUUGACUCAAUCUUUGAAGUGGGAGGCGUCCCAUAUUCUGUUCUUGAACCUGUUUUGGAGAGGUGUACACCUGAUCAGUUAUAUCGCAUAGAGGAAUACAAUCACGUAUUAAUUGAAGAUACGGAUCAAUUAUGGAAAGUUCAUUGUCACCGAGACUUUAAGGAUGAAAGGCCAGAAGAGUAUGAGUCGUGGCGGGAGAUGUACCUGCGGCUUCAGGAUGCCCGAGAGCAGCGGCUGCGAGUCCUCACAAAGAAUAUCCGAUCUGCGCACGCCAAUAAGCCCAAAGGCCGACAAGCAAAAAUGGCCUUUGUCAACUCUGUGGCCAAGCCGCCUCGUGAUGUUCGAAGGAGGCAGGAGAAGUUUGGAACAGGAGGUGCAGCUGUGCCUGAGAAAAUCAGGAUCAAGCCAGCGCCGUACCUCUCAGGAAGCAGCCGCUUGGGCAGUGGCGGCAGCAACAGCUUUAACGCCAGCCCCGAGGAGCCGGCCUACGACGGCCCGAGUACCAGCAGUGCCCACUCGGCACCCGUGGUCAGCAGCGCUGUUUCCUGUGAUCCUAGGAAACCGACUGUGAAGAAAAUUGCCCCAAUGAUGGCCAAGACGAUUAAAGCUUUCAAGAACAGAUUCUCCCGACGAUAAACUGAGGACUUACCUUGGAAAUGAAAUUUGCGGAGAGGAAUACGAGGACAGUGGGGGUUGGGGAAUGGAACUUCCAGAGGAGACCAGGAUCUUUCGCUUCGUGGAGGCUUUUGGUCUCCGAGUCCUGCACAGUCGGCAGGCGUCGUGCCUGUGCCUGUGUCUGCAGCUGCCGCCUCCCUGCCUGGCGAGCACUUCCGAGUUCUGAAGAAGAUGUGAAGCCUCACGCUCACUGAGGAUUUUAAGGUCAAUUGUACCUUUGUUGUUAAUUACCUUCUUUGUAAACUAUAAGACAUAGUUUUAAUUAAUAAAUAUUGCCCCCAGAUUGUAUUUAUAUUA